GGCAAAAACACAAAUAAUUUUGUUUACGUUUUUAAACCAAAUAAAAAUUUAAUUUUAAAUACAAAUUUAAUAAAAAUGGAACAAACUAAAGGAUUUUACGAUAUGUGUAUACCUUUUAACAAAGAUGAAAAAGUGAUGCGGGAAAUUUGCAAAGAAUUAGUGGAGUUCGGCUACAAAACCGUAGCUAUUGAACAGCAAUUUGAUCAUAGUAAAAAGGAAAAUGUUAAAAGAUCAUCAGACGUAUUUCCUGAACCCAUCAAUAUUAAAUGGCUACAAGAGGAGUUUAAAAAUAAAUUGAAAAUCUUGCAACGUUUAACCAUAAUAUAUGUGGAUGUAGCAGUGGCACAUGCCAUGAGCAAUUCUUUAAAUUUAAAGAAAUUUAAUUUGAUUGCGGGUCAGCCUAAAACCGAUGCUGCUUUAACGCAUUGUUGUACUACAUUUAAUGGUGACAUUGUUACAUUUGAUGACACCGCUGGCUGUCGUUUAAAUGUUAAUCGUAAAGCAUACCAAGUAGCUGUUAAACGUGGGGUAUUCUUUGAAAUCAAAUAUUCACCUUUGAUCGCUGAUUCCUCCUGUCGCAAGGAUAUGAUUAAGGUGGCUCAUAAUUAUCUCGUUAAGGGAAAAUCUAAAAGUAUUAUUAUUUCUAGUGGGGCCACCAAUGUUUUUGAAUUAAGAGGACCCUAUGAUGUGGCUAAUUUAUCUUUCAUUUUUGGUUUAUCGGAGGACCAGGGCAAAUGUGCCAUUGACAGAUUUUGCCGUCAAUUGUUCUUAAGAGCCGAAUCCCGGCGUGUUGGUAAAACAAUUAUGUUUGUUAAGGCUUCAGGUCCAGUGGUGUUUUCAGAUUCCUCAGACAGUGAAAACGAUGAAGAGGAUGCGACAGAUGAUCUACAAAAUAAAAUGCAAACUGACGAUGUUAUUAAAUUUUCAAAGGAUUCGGAAUCGGACACAAAUGACGAUGUUGAUGAUAAUAAUGACGAAGAACAACCAAAUAAAAAGAAGAAAAUGUUUUAAAUA